GAAAUUUUAUGAAAACUGAAAAUUAUAUGAAUUUUUGCAAUUCAGGAGUCCAGGUGAGGUCGUGCAUGCGUCUGUUUGAAGAAGUUAUCAGCUGUUGUUGAUUGUGGGGUUACGGCUUUCUGUUGAAAUUGAUUUGUAAAGGGAAUACGGACAGGGAGACGUCUGACUAUUUCGUUCCAUCCAUUGUGGCAUUACAAGAAUUCACGUAUUGGAUAUUGCGUUCGUUUGUGUGUUGGACAACUAUACCUUCCUUGAUUCAAGUCGCAUAGAGCGUGCAUCUAGAUUUGCGCAGCUACUAGCCUGGUUGAAUUUUUCACAGGACGGUAUUCUUAAAAAUCCAUAAUGGCUUCGAAACUUGUAUCCAGACUGACGAGCAAGGAAAUGAGAGAUUAUUUUAUGAGGUACCAUUUCUGGGGUCCCGUCGCCAACUGGGGUUUGCCACUGGCUGCAAUUGCUGAUUUAAAAAAGAAUCCGGAGAUCAUCAGUGGGAAAAUGACCACAGCGAUGUGUCUUUAUUCCAUGCUGUUUAUGCGUUUUGCCUGGAUGGUACGACCUCGUAAUCUCUUACUGUUCGCCUGCCAUGCCGCCAACGAGACUGCACAGUUGACGCAAAUGACGCGAUAUAUCUCAUACCAUGCCAGUAAACCGAAGCCAUAAUUUUUGCAGUGCUUCGAAUCCCAAGCCAAUUCCGGCUAUAUUGCUUGUGGAGGAACGGAAGUGAUAGUGAAUCUUAGCGAGCUUUAUACCAUUCGCAUUUCUGGUGUGAAGUGUAAUCUAGAGCCAUCGGCAUUAUUGGCAAAAAGGUGAUGGAAAUUUUCGCGAUAUCUGGUGUAUGCACUUGGGAUUUGGGAUACUUAUGAUGUUAUACAUGUAUCGCGCGCUUCACAGGGCCGAAGUUUUGUUGUAUUUUAUCUUGUUUAGAUUGCAGCUGCGUUGAAUUGGGUUUAUAGAAGAAUAAAAUGUAGACUUGUGU